GAGGAGUGGACGAGGCUCAGGAAGCAGCAGCGCCAGGAGAGAGAGGAGACCUAACUUCAAGGCCGACGGCUGCGAAAGCUUCUGCACUUUGUCGAGUUGAACCUGUGGGAAGAUGGUUUGAAGCUUUUGUUAAGAGAAGAAGCAGAAAUGCUUCUGCCUCUUUCCAGGAGCUGGAGGAUAAGAAAGAGUUAUCAGAGGAAUCGGAAGAUGAAGAAUUGCAGUUAGAAGAAUUUCCCAUGCUGAAAACACUUGACCCCAAAGACUGGAAGAACCAAGAUCAUUACGCAGUUCUUGGACUAGGCCAUGUAAGGUACAAAGCCACACAGAGACAGAUCAAAGCAGCACAUAAAGCAAUGGUUUUAAAACAUCACCCAGACAAACGGAAAGCAGCUGGUGAACCAAUAAAAGAAGGGGACAAUGAUUAUUUCACCUGCAUAACUAAAGCUUAUGAAAUGUUAUCUGAUCCAGUGAAAAGACGAGCAUUUAACAGUGUAGAUCCUACUUUUGAUAAUUCAGUUCCAUCUAAAAGUGAAGCAAAGGACAAUUUCUUUGAAGUGUUUUCCCCGGUGUUUGAAAGGAAUUCCAGGUGGUCAAAUAAAAAAAAUGUCCCUAAACUUGGUGAUACAAAUUCAUCAUUUGAAGAUGUAGAUGCAUUUUAUUCUUUUUGGUAUAAUUUUGAUUCUUGGAGAGAAUUUUCUUAUUUAGAUGAAGAAGAAAAAGAAAAAGCAGAAUGUCGUGAUGAGAGAAGAUGGAUUGAAAAGCAGAACAGAGCAACAAGGGCACAAAGGAAAAAGGAAGAAAUGAACCGAAUAAGAACAUUAGUUGACAAUGCUUAUAGCUGUGAUCCAAGGAUAAAAAAAUUUAAGGAAGAAGAAAAAGCCAAGAAAGAAGCAGAAAAGAAAGCAAAAGCAGAAGCAAAACGGAAGGAGCAAGAAGCUAAAGAAAAACAAAGACAAGCUGAAUUAGAAGCUGCUCGAUUGGCUAAGGAGAAAGAAGAAGAAGAAGUUAGACAGCAAGCAUUAUUGGCAAAGAAAGAAAAAGACAUCCAGAAAAAGGCCAUUAAAAAGGAAAGACAAAAACUCCGGAACUCAUGCAAGACCUGGAAUCACUUCUCGGACAGUGAGGCGGAACGGGUUAAAAUGAUGGAAGAAGUGGAGAAACUCUGUGAUCGGCUUGAACUAGCAAGUUUACAGUGCUUGAAUGAAACACUCACAUCAUCUACAAAAGAAGUAGGAAAGGCUACGCUGGAAAAACAGAUAGAAGAAAUAAACGAGCAAAUUAGAAAAGAGAAAGAGGAAGCUGAAGCACGCAUGCGACAAGCAUCUAAGAAUGCAGAGAAGUCCACUGGCGGAGGUGGGAGUAGCAGUAAAAACUGGUCAGAAGAUGAUCUGCAGUUACUAAUUAAAGCUGUGAACCUCUUCCCUGCUGGAACAAAUUCAAGAUGGGAAGUCAUUGCUAACUACAUGAACAUACAUUCUUCUUCUGGUGUCAAAAGAACAGCCAAAGAUGUUAUUGGCAAAGCAAAGAGUCUCCAGAAGCUUGACCCUCAUCAAAAAGAUGACAUAAACAGAAAGGCUUUUGAUAAAUUUAGAAAAGAACAUGGAGUGGUACCUCAGGCAGAUAAUGCAACACCAUCAGAACGAUUUGAAGGUCCGUGCACAGAUUUCACCCCUUGGACAACAGAAGAACAGAAGCUUUUGGAACAAGCUCUGAAAACAUACCCAGUAAACACACCUGAGAGGUGGGAAAAAAUUGCAGAAGCAGUUCCUGGCAGGACAAAGAAGGACUGCAUGAAACGAUAUAAGGAACUUGUUGAGAUGGUAAAAGCAAAGAAGGCUGCUCAAGAGCAAGUGCUGAAUGCAAGUAGAGCCAGGAAGUGACGUAAUGACAAUCUUUGUGUGUG